AUGGAUCUCGAUAUCGAAAUGGGCGACGCUGCGCACGUCACGCAAGAACUGCCAGUAGACGAACUGCCACAGGCUGACGACAUCUUGGGAACGGCUGAAGCGCAGGAGCCCGGAGAGCUUGUGGAGGACGAGUCUGUCGACACUGGCGCUGGUAACCAGGAUGGGAACGAAGGCAAAACCCUAGUUCCUAACAAACUACAUAUUCGAGGCGUUGAUACCUUGCACACGGACGAUAUCAAGGCAUAUGUCAAGAGUCACUUUGGGCCGGUUGACAAGGUUGAAUGGAUUGACGAUUCUUCAGCAAACUUGGUGUUUGGCAACGAGGUUACAGCCCGAGAUGCCAUCAUGGCCUUGAGCGCAAUCGAGAUAGUCGACGUGACGGUUUUGCCGCCGGGAGAGACGCUGCCAGCGAAGCCGCUUGAUGGAAAACCAGAGUGUUCACUGCACAUUCGCGUCGCUGUCAGCAGCGACAAGAAACAGGCUGGAGCCGCAUUGCGCAGCAGAUACUAUCUCCUACACCCAGAGCAUGAUCCCGAAGAACGGCGCCGGAGGUUCAGAGAAAGCCGGACAAGAUAUAGAGAAAGGGAUAAUGAUUAUCGCGGAAAUGGCGGUCGACGAAGGCGCGACUCAGACGAUGAUGUCGAGACGUUUGAAGCUAGCAUGUAUGACGACAUUCCUCGCCCGAGUCGCUCGCAACAAGUCUCAGUCUCGGAGGUCAAUUCGACGCCUUCGUACGUCGCAGAGAACCGUGGAAAGGAGCUAUUCAUCAACAAAACUACCCGCCGCGACAGGUCGGCUUCUCCUCGGCGCGACCGCGACGGGAAUGCGCGGAUGGAUGAGCUGGAUGACUCCUCGUACAGAAACAAGGCGCAGGCCAGGUCUCUGAAAAACCGCAUCGUCGCUGAUAAUAGCAGCAAAGAGUUAUUCCCGUCCAGAACCAGUGGACCAGGUGGUCAACUGGAUCAACUCGAAGCUGCCAUUGGCUCUGCGAGGCUAGAAGACCAGGACCUGCCCAAAAUUGUCGACAUCUCUGAGGCCAAAUCCGGUAGCUCCAUCAACAUUCGAGGUCUCGCCAGCCAGAGAGCCGACGACAGGACUGGGUUUUCCAUUAAAGGGGCUGCUGCGGCGAGUGCCCGGGAGCUGUUUCCCGACAAGCUGGGCUCGAGCAACUCCGGCAGGGAGCUGCUGGAUCCCACCCGCUCAAAGCGAAGACAAAGGGCGCAAGAUCUUUUUUCCUAG